GCCGUUUUGGCUGAAUGGCAAAGGCGUCAGUGAAGGUGUUUCCCACGGCACUCGCCAUCCAUGUAUACCGAUUUGACGGUGGUGCGGGUGGCAUGCUUGUGUGCCUGGGAUCACGCUCCCAACUGGAGGCCGUUGUCAAGUAUGCUGUCACCGCUGUCGGCGGUCGCGUCGCAGAGGCGACGGCGAAGUUCAAGACCGAUUCCUUCGGUGCACCGCUGUACACUGUCGAUGCCGCGUUGCAUGUAUUAUCUCCCCUGGGCAUUGUCAUUCCCACUUCAGCUCAUGGAAUUGAUCGGCAAGCCGCGUCUGCAUUCACAUCGCCGGCAGCCUCGUCCAUGGCGGUUCCUUUUGUUCACGACGCUGGGGACUCACUCGUUGCAGCAGCUUGCCGUCUCAUCCCCAUGAUGCGUUCGUAAAUUCAUUGUGGCAUUACACCAAAGAUGUAUCGAGGUUGACAGAAGAGAGGGACAAGGCGAGGAGAGAGUGUGAAGAACAAGUGUUGGCACUGAAAUAUUAAAACGCGGAGUGUCUGGCAUGUGGCGGGAUAUGCAAAAUAACAAAUACGUUAAUAAGUAAGGAUUCGAAACUUCCAGAUGGCCACCAUAUGGAGAUUCCUGGCAUGUGUCGCCUCGGUAUCAAGCGCAGCAUCGGGCGCGCCAGUGCCGAGGCCGCAGCCCGCAUGUUCGACGUCGACGUCGGGCGAAGCCAAGUCGUCAAGUGCGAGAACUUGUAUCGCGCCGCCACGUUCACAAGAAUUUGCAUGUUUUACCGCGGCUGUUACCAGUUUCUUCGACGUUUCCAAGAAUGUGCGAACAUGGCAGGAGUUCGAGGAGAUCCCGAAUUUCAUUGUUUAGCUUCUACUCUUUCACGUCUGUUCCCCCUACCUCCUUUGCUUCUCUAACGUCGUUUCUUAGGGAUGCCGCCUGUCGCCGCAGCUGGCUUCGCCUUGGGAUCCUGGUCAGAGCGCGCCCGCAGACGGAUCUGGAGAGAAGCGGCAUGGGCGCCUUCUUGUUUCCCCAGUUUCACGAUUUCGCAAUUAUUAUUUCGUCGCGCGGCCGACGUCGCCCCAGGACUGGGUUGCGUGCGCCGGCAAGCGCUUGAUCACUUUCGAGGGCCACGCGCUGCGAAGCGGUGCUUGGCGCUCAGCGGCCUUGCCGCCCCUCUUCUCCGAGACUCGAUUCGAUGACGCCCGGAACGCUCGGUUUUCGAGCUGGGGUUUCACCCA